CUCUCCUGUGUUGUCUCCACAUCAAGAUGGCAAGACGUGUUUUUGUCAGUGUCUCGAAAAACAGUCCUUUGUUCAACGCUGCCUGGGAAGAUCCUGAAAUGGUUGUCUUGGAAGCGUUCCGUCUAGUCCAGCAUCAUGGCCUCGUCCCAUCUGGUUCGGCUCCGGCGACUCGCCUCCUCGCUGUAGAGAGGUGGAACAGGAUCCAUCUCGUCUUUGACAUCGGUCAUGACGCCUACGAUGCCGGAACUGCCCACCUUCCCGAGGAGAACAAGUUGACGGUUCUCGCGGUCCACUUCAGCGGAAAGGGCACACAGGGUACCGAGACUGCCAAACCGGCGCCCGGAAAAUUGGCGGACGAGGUCAACAAAGAGAUCCAGGAGAUCCACGACUUGACUGGUAUUGGAAGCCAGCCUCCUUUCAUCAUCGACCAUGCCAAUGGCAAGGUCCCAGUCUACUCAAACCCUCGGACAAUGAGAAGGAAUUAAUGUGGUUCAUGGAAUGAAUGCAUUCUGCUACCAGCUGGAGUGCAAUCCGCUGUCCGUCCUCACUCUCUCAAUCUGACCCUGGCGAGGGAUACGCACAAGCCUGGCACGUGCCCGUCCUUUCAACUGUGGUGCGUCCCGCAUCAUCAUAAGCUGGGUGGUCGCCAUUCCCACAGUCCACCGUCCUCCUUCUUGAGAUUUCGACAUUACAAUUGUUGCAUUUGUUGAUCAACCAGUUGCACAUUUUGAUUGAUAAGUCAGUCUAUUUCGUGCAACACGUAUCAGCCUUGUUCUGGCAACCGGAAACUAGUGGCCCCACCUGAAAUCCUGAGUUCGUGGUGUGAUACGAGCUGUUGCAUGCAAAGGAGCUUUGGGUGUGAAGUUGGCUUGACAGAAAAUGCGAGGAACUUGAGGGUUGGCUGUCAUCAACUUAUAAUAAAUCAAAUGCUCUGCGAUUUUGCUUCA